GACACAUGACUUCAAGAAGGAACUAGAUCAAAGCAGAAGUCAAAAUGACGAGCUUAUAGAAAAACUGCAACCUGCAUCUUCAAAAUGUAUAGAUCAGGAUGAAGAAAAGAUGCCUCAACAGCAGUUAGCAAUGGAAGCACUUCUAAAGGAAUGUGAAGAACUAAAGAAUACAGCAGAGAAAUGGGAACAAGAAACAGUAAACCUCAGAACACAUAUGGAAACGAAUAUGGUAGAAUCCUGUGAAGCAGAAGAGUAUAAAAAGAAGAUUGAAGAAAGAGCAAGACAGGAUGUAGCAGACAAUUUUAAACAAGUCUAUUCAUUUUUACAGACAAUAAGAGAAUCUCAAGAAAAGUCAGAGCAGAUGAUAAAUAAACAGGCUUCAAUAAGAAGACCUUUGGAACUCAGAAAUAAAGCGCUGGAAUUAGAACUCUCCAGAGUGCAAACUUCUCGAGAUGAUAGCAAACUAGAAUUGGAAAUACAUAAGCAACUCUACCAAGAACAGUUGGAAAGAAGAAAGCGAUUGGAAAACAAAGUAACUGAUUUUCACUGGACUAAGGAGAGGCUAGCUGAGGUCAACACCGAACUUCUCCAAAAGGAACAGCAGAACAAACUUUUGCUCAACGCUAAGAUGAGGCCAGUUCUGGAAGCACCUCCUGUUGGAAAUCUUAACACUAGUUUUCUGCCCAGGAGAAAUUCUACUAGAAGAGAAAACUUGGACAGUCCUACCUCAAGAUCAUAUACUUUAAAUUACCAAAAGAUGUGGCGGGAAUUUGAAGAAAUUCUAACUAGCGAAGAAAAAGAAGGUGCUGCUAACUUUGAAACUGAAUCCUAUAGAGCUUCUCCUGUGGCAUCAACCUAUCAGACAAGUUCAACCCAAGAUCUACUUCUGAAAGCACAAAAAGAAUAUAAAGAGAUUUUGCUGAAAAAGUACCUGAUCUAAAACAUAAACAGUAAAAGUUUAUUUACCAGACUGUUUGUAUAACAUUUUGUUUCCAUUUUACACAUGAUGUGUGAGAUCUUUAUUGAAGAAAAAAAUUUUUAUCAUAUGUGUCUGAUGAAAAUUUACAUAGUAUUUUAAACUGUGUUUUUUGGGGGGCACCUAAGUAAGGUUUAAGCAUAUUUUGUACACGAAGUCCAGCACUAUUGAGUUUUACAUACUCAAACUGCCCAAAUACCAGCUGUUCAAACAACACCCAAACAAACAACUUGUCACUCAUACUUUAGUGAUACUGGUUGAUUUUUUUUAUAUAUUCCAAUUUUUUCACAAUAUUUGGUCCUAAAGAUUUUGAUAUCUGCUGCUAUGGCUACUAAAUGGAUAUAUUAAAAUUAUUAUAGUGCCAUUAGACUUAUGUAAUUUUAAAUACUGAUUCCAAAAUCUUUCCU